AUGACGCCUAAAACAAUUACUGUUUUUGGAGCGACGGGUAACCAGGGAGGAUCAGUAUUAAGGUCAUUGCUUCAAAAUUCAAACUUUGCGGCUCGAGGAAUCACCCGCAAUCCCCAAUCCAAUGCCAGCAUGGCGCUUGCUGCUCGCGGAGUGGAGAUGAUCCAAGCAGAUGGUUUCAAUUCCGAAGAGAUGAUUACUGCAUUUCACGGCUCCUGGGGCGCCUUUGUGAACAUCAACUCGGAUGACAAAAUAUUUGCCAACACCAAAGGCCCAACAGAAUUUGACAUGGGCAAAACGAUAGUGGAUGCCGCGGCUCACGCGGGAGUUCAACACUUCGUUUUCAGCUCUGGUCCUCCAUGCACUGAAAUGACGGGCGGCCUAGUCCAAAUGAAAGCCAUGGAUAUGAAAUACAAAAUCGAGAAAUAUGCUCGAGAUCUGCGAGCCUUCAAGUCCGUCAACCCUAUUGGUGCUGGCUGGUUCUUGGAGAAUUUCCUGGGCAAGGAGGCUGCACCUGUGUUUGGAGGAUUCCCUCAUUUCCCAGACGAGGAAGGAUUUCUUACUUUCCGGGUUCCCUACUGGGGUGGGGAAGAGAACGUGCCUUGGCUGAGCAUUUCCGAUGACUUCGGGGACAUAGUACAGGGCAUUUUCUUGGACCCAAUGAGGUGGGAUGGCCACUUUGUCCAUGGCGUUAGUCACAUCUGCAGUUUUGACCGGGUUGUGGCCGACUUUCAGGAUGUUUCGGGACAAAAAUCCAGAUUUGUCCCAAUCCUGCCGUCCUGGGAGGCCUUUGAUACACAUGGGAUCCACGAGCUGGAGGAUGUAAAGCUCAUGUUUGGGUUCACUCAGAUCACAGAUGGCAAAUAUUUUGCAGAUCCAACUGAGUGUCAUACCGCUAGUGAGCUGAAGAAGACAACAGCCAUGGCUUUGGGUUGGUCCGAGAGCAGAUACGAGUUGGUUACUGCGCGUGAGUGGUUUUCAGUCCGCUUUGAAAAGUAG